AUGGGUUCACGUGCAUGUGGUCAAAAACCAGAAAAAGAUCUUCGAGAAUCCGAUGCAAUUAAAUAUUGUGUUGCAUCACGUGUUUAUUUUGAAUGUGUUCAUAAAAAAUAUCGUGGUUGUGAAAAUAAAGAAAAAUAUGAAGUUGCGAUGGAAUCAAUGAUGAAAGGCAUUCGUAAACGUGUUGAUGAUCUAUUAGCUUUUUGUAGUGAUAAAAUAGAAGAUUAUAAAUUUAAUAUUAUAUGGGAAUCUCCAAAAAAAAUUGAAACAAUUGAUUCUGUACGUAGUGGUAAUACUCUAACAAGUGUAUCAAUUAAAACUCAUAAUAAUGGUUUAUCUCCUAUACAAGAAAUUUUACCAAAUGAUUUAUGUCAAAUAAAAACAAUUAAUAAUUUAUGUCAACCAUUAGCAAUUACAGUUAAAUUUAAUCCAUUAUGGAAUAAUAUUAAUAAACGUAGUUGGUGUCAACAAGCAACAGUUUAUUUUCGUUGUAUAAAAUCUCGUCUUGAUAAAUGUUCUCAACAAGAUAUACAAAGUCAAUUUCAACAACUUGAACGUUAUCUUUAUUCACAAAUAAAUAUCAAUUGUCCAGGUGGUGUUGAUGGAUGUACACGUCAUUCAACAGAUGCACGUUGUAAAAUUGGUUUAAAUCAAUUUAAUUCAAGUUCAUCAACAUUUUGCCUUGUUUAUUUUCUUGUUCAAUCGGUAUUACAAAUACUACUAUUGUUUUAA